GUGAAAUUAGAAGGAUAAUUUUCUUUCAAAGAAUUGCUAGAAGUGUGUUUCUGGAAUUAUGGACGACUUUGGCGUUUAGACAUGAGAAAGUUCUACUGAAAGGACAAAAUGAUGACAUACAAUAACUCAUCAAAUCAUCAUACAUUCUAUGAAGUGCUAGGAGUUGAUCCAAAUGCAACUCAAAGUGAAAUAAAGAAAAUGUAUCAAAAGCUUGCUUUGAAGUACCAUCCAGACAAGUACAAUGCUGAUAAUCUUUGCUGUCCUAAAGAAAUUGCUUGUGAGCAUUUUCAUGAAUUGAACGAGGCAUGGAAGACAUUAGGUAACAUCAGAUCAAGAACUAAAUAUGAUGAAAGAUUGAGAGAACAGCUUAUCCAGGACUAUUCCAUAGAUGAUGAAAUAAGACUUGCAGAUAUGGAGUUUGAUAAAGAGAAUAAUCAUUAUACUUGGCAAUGUCGCUGUAGUGGUACUUAUGAAAUUACAGAUGACAAUUUAUCAAAUGAUGUCAUAGUUUGCUGUUCCACUUGUUCUUUAAGCAUUAAAGUAACGCAAUGAUUCUUUGGGCUGGUACAAAUAAGAAUCAUCCUUCAAAGAAGGAUAUUUUGUGUGUUCUCUAUGAAAAUGUUUCUUUUAUGAUAUUUAUUUUUGCUGCAAGCUCUUGCAGAUAACAGUUCUAAAUAGAAUACAUUUAAAAUUGUUUUUUUAAAUGGCCAUGCCUAUUAAAACUUUCAAGGGAAACCAUAAAAAUCAAUUUAUUUGAUAUUAUUAUGAAGGAACGCUAAAGCUACAAAAAAUCACAGUCGAUAUUCACCAAUUAUUAGCUAUAGCAAUAAAUUAAAGCACAUUCUUUUAUCAAUUUAUUAUAUAUCGCAGGAAAAGUGGUCACAA